CAGUUUGCAAAGUGUAUAAUUAAAGUAAAUUUUUGUUUCGACUUUUAUUUAAGUAAAAUUGUGAGAAAUAUUGUUUAAAUUAAUAAACUUGAUAAAUUAACAAACACUAAUAUGGAUGCCGACCAAUUGAAACAAUUACAGGAUAAAAAUAUACAGAAAUUUCCCAAAAUAUUGGAACAAUUCAAUAAGGAAAAUGCCAAUCUUUUCAAAUUUGAUAAAUUUCACAAGAAUGACUUGUGGAUUACAUUGUGGAAAACGGUCUUCAACAUAUUGAAUGAUGAGCGUUUGGAGGAGCAUCAUAUAUUGUGUUUAAAUACGAUACGAAUUUUAUCACGCGACGAAGCGAGUCUUAUGAAAAACAACAUAGUAGAUGACAUAGGUUGCCUGCUUAAAAUGGCCCAUUUGACUAUGAGCAGUUCGUUGGUGGGAGAACCGUCACAGGAGCAAGAGUCACCACGUUCGGUUAGUUCAUUGGAUAUUUUGGCGGACUUUAAUAUGGAGCGUGUGGUUGAGGCUUUGAAAUGUCUGUGCAAUUUGGUUUUUCAAAAUGCUGAGAUAAGACGGGAUUGUGUAAGACAAAAUGUGGCCGAUCAAAUAUUCCAUAGAUUGUCUUCAACCCUACAGGUGCCCGAAAAAAUUGAACUGUUUGAUAUGAAGUUAUUGUUUUUAAUAACCGCUCUUGAGACUUCAGUACGUAGUCGUGUGCUGUUUGAGCUUAAUGGUUUGACCUAUAUGACAGAGUUAAUGGACGAAAAGCUGCGCAGCACAAAGGAAUUCUCCGAUGGACAAUUGGAUGUAAUUAUUGAAAUGCUUAAAGUUAUGUUUAAUAUAACUUCUUGCACGGACAAAAGUCCCAGUGAGAAUGAAAUACAAAGCCUUCAUUUAACAAGUGUAAUACGUGAUUUAUUGUUGCGUUUUGGAGCCAUGAGUAAUGAACGUGAGCGUCAAGUGGUUUCUCAUUCUAUAGAUCUCCUUACCAAUAUUUCCAGCAGCUGUCUUAGUGAGCUUAUGUUAAAGGUUGAUGGGCCCUCGUCAUCGUCUGCAUCUACGAAAAAUUGUCGUAUUUUUGAAAACCGUAAUGUUACAGCUUUAGAUAUUAUACUCAAUUUUCUACUCUACGCCCUUGAUGAUUUGGAAAAGAAUACUUCUUCUAAUAAGGAACAUGUCCAGCCGGUCUUAACUAUUUUAGUGAAAUGUGUUUGUAGUAAUUCAACUAUGCGUCAUUAUGUGCGUAGUAUAGUUUUACCACCUUUAAGAGAUGUCUACAAACGUCCGGAGGAAGGUAACGAGUUAAGAAACUAUCUUUGUCGCCUCCUCAUGAAUCCCAACAUGGUGGUACGCAACUUGUCCUAUGAACUAUUGCUUGUUUGCUGUAAGAAAAAUCCCAAUCGUUUGAUAAAACAUUUCGGUUAUGGCAAUAUGGCUGGUUUGUUUGCAAAUGCUGGCAUUUUAGAUUGUCGCAAGCCAGACACUAGUGAAUAUUCUUCGGAUAGUGAGGACAGUGAUACGGAAGAGUAUAAACGCAUUAAGAACUCAGUUAAUCCAGUCUUAGGUUGCUAUAUGCCACCGACAACCAAUCCAUUGGAUGGCAUGUCGGAAGAACAAAAGGAAUAUGAAGCCGAAAAGUUGGCUCAAUUGGUGGAUAAAUUACAUCGUGGUGGUAUUAUAAAGCCUUGUCGCAUCAACGAAGAAGGUAAACCCGAACCUGUCGAUCAUAUCCUGCAAUUACAGCAGGAAUUGCCGCAGCAACAGGUACAGCAAAAAGGUAAAGAUUAAAUUACUAGUAGUUUUAAUUAAGUAUUAUAGUAGAUGUAAAAAAAUAAUUAAGGUUAUUUGAUAAAUAUUAAGUUAUGGCAUAAGAACUUAAUUCAGAUUGUUCCAGAGAUAGAUUGUUAGAACAUUAAUAUUUAUCAAUUUAAAUCCUUAUAUAGUGCAAAGUAGUUAAUUUAUUCCUAUGCAAUAUGAGCUAUUUAUUAAAACUAUAUCUAGUCUUUUGCAAAUUCAAACAAACAAAAAAAGUGCAUUUUCAAGAAACACAUUGUUGUAAACAUAAACAUAACUAUUAUAAACAAAAUAAAUAUACGAAUACAUACAUAAAGUUAACGAAUAUUUACAUACAUAUAUUAAUUAAUCUUAAGAAUAAACUAACAACUGUUGCCAUUGUGUCAACAAACAUAAAAAAUCAUAAUAUAAAUGUUGUCAA